UCCAGCAUGUUUGUUUUCUUUUCGUUUAGCUUGUAAAUUAGUGAAAUUUACUUGAAAUAUGGACUCCACUCAAAGUCUGUACGGAAAAUGCCGGUGCUGUCUAAAAGCAGGCGACCAUCGCGACGUCCUUAAAGAGUAUUACUGCGAUGGAAUCUUUGAAGUAUACUACGAUAUAUUUUUGGAGUGUUUCAAUGUUUCUCUCUCAACAUCGGGUGGAAGCAGUAACUUGAUAUGUGUAAAUUGCAUCCAGAGGUUGCGUGAUGCAAAUGACUUCCGCAAAAUGGUGGUUGAGGCGGAGAAGCAACUGCAGUCUGUGAAAGAUCCCGCGGAUGAGGUAAAACAAGAAGACUUAGAACUAGAGUUGGAGUCCGAUGAUGAUGAUGGUGAUAUUGAUGAUAAUGACUUCAUGGACUCGGAAAAUAAGGACUUUGGUCCUGACAAUGAUGAUACGUUGGCCCGUGACGAGGCUCGCCUGAUGGCGCGGUUUACAAACCUGCGCGCUCUGCCGUCCAGGAAAACGCUGCACGAAGUGUGCCCGGAAUACGUCAUGCAUCUUGACGUAUUGCGAGGAAAGGAAAUUUGCUCAACGGAUAUAGAAGCCCUACUCAACCAGGACGCCAAAUUAAAAAUGAAGGUGAAAUCCCGCCAAGACUCUGUCACUGAGAAAGUGGCUUAUAGUCACAACGCACAGCUGAUCUUGGAGUACUCCAAUGCUACCGCUUUUAAGGGUAAAAGCAGAGUUGGUCUGCCCUGUUACUUCUGCAAAAACAUUUUCGAGAACAUAGAAGAAUUAAGAACACACCAAAAAGAACACAAACUAACAGACGUUAUGAAAUCUUUGAAUACCCUUAACCCUUACAAUCUCGUCAUAAAUGUAGAUGUAACAGACCUAAUGUGUACAUUAUGUGAUAACAGCUUCAAUAAUUUAAAAGAAUUUAAAACUCAUCUAGAAGCGAAACAUGAUAAAAAGUUUUACACCAAAUUCGAAGACAGAGUAAUACCGUUCAAAGUACCUAUGGAUAAUAAUUAUAUAUGCCAAAUAUGCGAUCUAAAGUUUGAAUCUUUUGGAUCGAUAGAAACACAUAUGAACAGACAUUUUAGUAAUUAUAUUUGCGACGAGUGCGGAACGGGAUUCGUAACUGGCUUCAGAUUAAAAAUGCAUAUAAAAAGCAUGCAUGUAGAAGGCACUUACCAUUGCGAGACUUGCGAAAAGAUAUUUCCAUCGCAUAAGAAGCUUAAAAAUCAUGUAGUCAGUGUGCAUAAAAUGGUGAAAAGGUUUAAGUGUACAAAGUGUUCGGAGCGAUUUAAGGAUUACGUUAAACGCCGUCAACAUUUAGUUCAGGUACAUGGCCAAGCUAAAUUUGACUAUAAAUGUAGCGUCUGUGAGAAGUCGUAUACAAAAAGGUAUGUCUUAUACCAGCAUAUGAAGCGAGAUCAUUUGGAAGAGUUACAUUUUGAAUGUGAAGUGUGUUGUCACAAGUUCUUCGAUCGGCGAGAUUUAGAGUCUCAUAUGGUGAAGCAUAAUGUGGCAAGGAUAUUUGAGUGUAGUGUUUGUAAGAAGGCAUAUGCGAGGAGGAAGGCAUUGAGAGAGCAUAUGCGGAAACACAACAGGCUUGCUUGCGCGGUGUGCGGACAGGCUUUUGUGCAGAACUGCAGUCUGAAGUGGCAUAUGAAGACGCGUCAUCCUGAGUGUAAACUGAAAUAAAAGUCAUAUACAAAGAAAAAAUUACCAAGGCCUCGCAAGUGUCCAAAACUGGAUUCGAACCAGUGUCCUCCGUUAUCGCGACGGAUGCCUCAAACCACUCGGCCAUUCAGUCACGGUGGCAAGGGUCGAAAUUUUCAAGUAUAUGACACAAUUACCGAAGGCUAAGGCGCCCCCCGCCAUCUCUGAGAUAGAACCGAAACUAGUUCGAUCUCCUAACUAAAUCAACCCAUGUGAUUACGAGUUAGCGAAGAGAGAUGGCGCUGCCAUGCUAAUUCUUAGAACAAAUUAAAUUAUCCUCAUAGAAAAUAAUUUAAUUUGUGUUUAAUUUGUUGUUUGU